AUUUGACCUUUUCAAAAAAUGUGAUCCUUUUUCCAAUCUUCGUACAAGACCAACCCAGCCCUACAGAUCUACCCAUCUCUUUCUCCGCCAUCACACAUUCACACUCCCCUCUCUUUUUCCGCCAUCACACUUCCCCUUCCGCGGGAGCAGCCGUCGACGCAGGACACGAACCUCCUCACCCUCAAGGCUUAUCUCUCCACCGCCACAACAACCCCAUCGUCGCCUUUGCCGCUCCCCUCCUCCGCCACUUCGUUUCUCCAUCGUCGGUAACCGUUCGUCUUCUUCUCCGGUGACGGCUUCGAUUUGGGGCUGCACGACUCGAUUUGGGGCUAGCAGUUUCGGAUCCGUCAACAUAGGUGGAAGACGACCAAGAUUUUGGCUCAAUUGAUGCCGGAUCUGCCGGAUCCACCAUCCUCGAUGAGUCGAUGUUGGAGCUCGGCCUGAGGUAACGACAGGGGUGGUGCAGGGGAGGGUGUCGGGGACAGGGCAUAGGGGGCUAGGAGCUAGGAAGGGUUCUGGUGCCUAGGGGCUAGGGCUAGGGCUAGGGGUAGGGCCUGGGGGUUUGUUGGGCCAUGAAAUAAUUGAAGGAUUAAACAAAGGUGCGGCCCACGAUCAAAUAUUAAUCCAAUCAGUCCAGUCCGGCAAGCGAUACAAUCAGAUAAAGAUAGAAGGUCCGUUAGUGGUUACCAUUUUUGAAUAGAAGAUAAGCACGACUAACCACCCACCAAAAUUGGAGGAAUAGAAUAGCUCCACUAACAACCCACCAAAAUUGGAGGAGUGGAGUAGCUUGGCUAAACAACCGGUGCAAAUGACUCUCUGGGAGCAUAAUAUAAAGGAAGGAGCACUCUUGUAUUGGGGGGCAGAGAACUUCUCUUUGAAUUACGAUCCACAUUGUUGCUCUAUCAAUGCUAUUCUCAUUAUAUUGAGCUUAUUAUAAUAAAACCCAUUUUAUUUCAUAUUCUUAAUUCUUACAUAUUCCCAUCAUAAGUCCUCCAAGUAGUCAUUAGCUAAAACAAUAAUCAUAUUCUUUUUGCUUUCCGUCUUGAUUCUUGCAUGUAGCCCAUUAUCUUUCCUUUAUUCAAUUGAUUGUUUGAAUUAGCAUAAAAAUUGCUAAAACAAUUUGGCGCCGUCUGUGGGAAAUCGUGCAAGAAAUUUAUUCUCCAUGGAAGCAACGAGCAAUGAGAUGAUGAUCGAGUUUCAUAAGCAAUUAGAGGCGAUGAAAGAAGAAAUCCGGCGUGAAGUGGCGGAACGGAUGGAUCACCUCAAGCGAGAAAAUGAUGUGCUACGAUCCCAGGUGCAAUCGGCAGUUUCCAUAGCCUCUAAUUCAAGAAACAAUCGAAGGAGCGACACUAUGACUGAUGUUAGUAGGUUGGACCUAGGCUUCACUCCGGCUCCAACGGAACCAUUCAUUCCUCGCUCGGGGACCGAGAUGUACGGAGAACCAGAACCGUCAAAUCGAUCUAUUCCCCUUCCCAAUCCUAGACGGAAUGUGUUCCACAACCCGUUUGCAGAACCUCAGAGACGACGAGUUCCAGACCGUGUCGAUAUCCCUCGACAUGUCGACAUUCCGAGACAUGUCGACAUUCCAAGACAUGUCGACAUCAACAACCAGAGACAACAAGAUCCCGAAGUCAUCAUUAUACCAUCGCCGACUAGCCAGGGGGCAACCCACGCAAUGACACCACCAACCUUGACGACAAGACAGAUGCAAGCAUAUCCAACAGACCCCUUAGCCGUCAUCAUGGAAGAGCUAAGAGAAAUGCGAGAGAAGAUCAAUGGCAUACCCGGGGUUCCACCACCUUUGGACGUCGCUUCACAGGCUUGCUACGCAGAUUCCCCUUUCGGACGACACAUCAUGAACAUCGAGAUUCCAAGGUGCAUCCAUACGCCUCAACUUCUCGAAAGGGGGCAAUUGUUGGGCCAUGAAAUAAUUGAAGGAUUAAACAAAGGUGCGGCCCACGAUCAAAUAUUAAUCCAAUCAGUCUAGUCCGGCAAGCGAUACAAUCAGAUAAAGAUAGAAGGUCCUUUAGUGGUUACCAUUUUUGAAUAGAAGAUAAGCACGACUAACCACCCACCAAAAUUGGAGGAAUAGAAUAGCUCCACUAACAACCCACCAAAAUUGGAGGAGUGGAGUAGCUUGGCUAAACAACCGGUGCAAAUGACUCUCUGGGAGCAUAAUAUAAAGGAAGGAGCACUCUUGUAUUGGGGGGCAGAGAACUUCUCUUUGAAUUACGAUCCACAUUGUUGCUCUAUCAAUGCUAUUCUCAUUAUAUUGAGCUUAUUAUAAUAAAACCCAUUUUAUUUCAUAUUCUUAAUUCUUACAUAUUCCCAUCAUAAGUCCUCC